AUGAGAUUCGCCGACGCCUCGGUCCUAGCGAUGCUGCCCGCCACUGGCCUCGCCGCCUGCAGCAGCGCCUACCCGGCCAACGAAAUCAGCGGCACGCUACUUCGCACAGUCGUGCUCAACAUGGGCAGCGACGCCGCCAACGUCACCGCCGCCGAGUACGACCAGUACUUUGAGCAGGGGAGCGCUCUCGAGGGCGUGGAGGCCGUCAUCGCCGCCAGCCAGUUCUACAUCAACCUGUGGGCCAUCCCGGGCACCGAGGCCGCCUUUCGGAACGUCAGCCAGUGCCUGACCGACGGCUAUCUGGUCAAUCAGGUGCCCUGGCUGUAUUAUAACGCCACCACUGCGAGCUGGUGGGGCGGCUACGAGGCUGAAACCGAGGCCGACAGCUACGACGCCGCCGCACUCUCUGUCGUGACAGGCCUCAUCGCCGGCCACAUGGUGCGUUUCUGGGACACUAACGGUGACGGCUACACCGACCUCAUCGAUGCCGAUUACCUCGAGGGAGUCACGGUCGACACCGUCACUGAGAACGCCAACGGCACCUACUCGGUCUACCGCGGCAACAUAGACGCUGCUAAUAAGACGCCCUACGAAGGCACUAUCUUCGACGGCGACUAUUUCGACGCCGCCGGCCCGCUUAUCCUUGCCGCCAACUUCGACACCACUAUUGCGACUGGCGACGUCGCCCUCUUCUGGUACAGCCCUACCGGCUGGGCCAUGAAGCGCGCACAGGAGGUCAACGGCCUCUUCGUCGACGGCGCGGACCACACCUCCUACAACAUCGACGGCGUCGUCUACGAAGACGCCCUGCGCUUCUCCCGCGACAACCUGUUCAUCUCCAACCGGCCCGGCGAGUUCACUGAUGCCCAAAAGUACUUCCAGUUUACCAACGACUCGGCCCUCGGCCUCAACGUCAGCCUCUGGCUCGUGCCCGUCACCAACACCACCGAGACCGGCGCCCCCAUCGGCAUGACGAGCGGCAGCAACUCGCGCUCCUUCCUGGAAAGGGCCGUCACCCAGGUCCAAGCCCGGCUGGACAAUGUGACUAUCAGCACCGACGGCGCCGACGUCCCGUCUACCCAGGAGUGGGUCAACCAGACCGUUUUCGACCAGUUGGACGAAGCCAUCGCCAGGGCCAACCUGUCGCUCUCCCUUUCUAACAGCUCGUCCUUUCUGCACGACUACCAGGUCUACGUGCUGUACCAGACCCUCGAUGGCAGCAGCAACGACAUUGGCGCCGAGUUCACCGGCUUUAGCUAUACCGGCUUCGAGACGGAGGUGCAAUUCGGAACGGCCUGA